AUAAAAACUUCUAAUUACGUCACGACAAUAACUGCGCUCCCUUGAAUUCAAUUUCAGAGAUAUAAAAAUGUUAUUCAACAUUUAUAUCGAUUUAAAUUAUACACAUGUGUUAUAACAUCCAUUUUAAGAGUACGAAUUAAUUCUCAAACAGUCUUCAUCUGUGAGGACCCGCUCGCGAAAGACCCACAACAGCCAAGAUGGCGGCGGCGGCGGCGGCUUUCCUCGUUUCUUACGGCAGCGACUCAGAUUCGGAAAACGAGUCUAAAUCCGGUACCAGUCCUCAGAAAGUCGACCCAGACGCGCUAGCUCAUCUUCAGCCGUUAAAAUCCGGCAGCGUAACGUCGGUAGCCGUGCUGAAUUCCGCGCCCGAAGUCGCCGUGAAGGAAGAUGUUGAGACCGGGGUUCAUCUUGAUCCAGCACUCAAAGAAGUCACUUACAACCCCACAUAUGAAACCAUGUUUGCUCCGCAGUUUGGACCAGAAAACCCGUUCAGAUCGCAGCAGAUGGCCGCUCCGAGAAACAUGCUGUCUGGUUACGCUGAACCGGCUCAUGUCAACGACUUCAUGUUUGAGCAACAGAGGAGAACGUUCUCUACAUUUGGUUACGCUCUGGACCCGUCUGUGGACACCAGUCAGGUCUCGUCCAGCAGCUACAUUGGAGCCGUAGAAGAAGCAGAGAAAAACAAAGGUUUGAUUCACAUCAUUCAGCAUCUGCCUUCAUGUUUCUCUUUGCCAUGUUUCGCAGACGAGCAGAAAGAGCUAGACGAGAUCAUAGCCAAGAGACAGAAGAGAGGCAAGAAUGAAGAAGAGGCUCCAGCGGAGGAGAAGACCGUCCUGCACCUUAAAGAUGCAUACGAUUAUCAGGGCCGCUCGUACCUGCACGUUCCUCAGGACGUGGGCAUCAACCUGCGCUCAGCAGACGUCCCGGAGAAAUGCUACCUGCCCAAAAAACAGCUGCACGUUUGGACCGGACACACCAAGGUUGGGCCCUCGCCCUAUGAAGUUAUAUUUUUCCGUUAA